CGUCCCAUUGGUAUCUACAUAUAGCCAGAGCUGACCGAUUUGGCGAUCGAACCCCUCGAUCGGUCACGGUCGAAGGAGGCGAGAUCACAUGGCCGGCGGCGGCCUGGGAGCCAGCGGUGCCGACGGCCUAGAGCUCAGCCUCCGCCUCGGGACCCCGACGCCGGCGCCGGCACCGAGGAAAAACCUCACGAUCGUCUACGACCGGCGCGUGCUGGGCGCCGUCGACGUGGUCGAGCUGCAGGCAAUUGCGAUCAUAUCAACGGCGAGCAGGGAAACGGCGGGGAAGAAGAUCGCUGGCGCGUACGACGACGGCGGCAUUGCGCACAUCGACCGCCUGGGCAACAAGUGGAUGCCAACGCCGGCAUCUCCUGACCAGGGCGGUAUCUUUGCGCCGCUGCCGUUGCUCGGCGACCAGGCGGGGCUGUCGAUGAAGCGCUCGCUCCAGCGGUUCCUCGAGAAGCGCAAGGCCAGGACCGCAUCGCCGUACGACAUGCACCGGCCCGCGCGGCCGCCGAGAUAUUGAUCCAGCAGCUAGCUAGCUGAUAGAUUGUCCCGCCGGCCGGUGCGUGCUGCCGGUAGUGCGUGUUGCCGGCAUCCGCAAAUGGCUAACAUAUUCCUCCCACUUCCUCGCAGAUCGCGCGCCCAGGUUGUAACACCGCAAUAUACCAUUGGUAAUACUAACACAAUCUGGUA